AUGGAUGCUGAAAUCCUCGAUUCCCCAAGUCUCAGUGCUACGACUCCCAAGAGCCACAGGCUUUCAAGGAACCCUUCCUUCUCCGGUAGCAGCAGUACUUACCAGGACGACUGGGAUGCCCUCCCGCCGCUUGACCGCUUGACCGUCCUCGACCUGUUGGACAACUUUGCCCUGCCCCAGCAGCUCGAGAAGCUCCAGAGGGGCAUCUCUGCUCAGACCGACAAGGUGCGACGGUCUCGAGAUGCCUUCAAGUCGAGAACCCAGAAUGCCCGCGACCGAAUGGUGGAGGAAUGGAGGCGGCGUGUCCCCUCGGCCGACGAACAGCUCGAACGAUAUAGGAAGCGCAUGAGGCAGCGAGUUGAGAAGCUCGGCAAGCAGUGGAAUGACACAAAGGCCAUCAGCCUCCGAGAGAAGAUAUCCUUCAUUUGUGGCGUUAUGAACAUCUUUGCGAGCGGAUAUCUGAUGGGUGGCUAUCCGGAGUGGUUUCAUAUCUGGUAUACGGCCCAGCUCAUAUACUUUAUGCCCAUUCGGAUUUUCACGUAUCAUCGACGUGGAUAUCACUACUUCUUGGCCGAUCUCUGCUACUUUGUCAAUGUGCUUCUGAGUCUGAGUCUCUGGGUCUUUCCGCAAUCAAAACGACUCUUCACGGCUGCCUACUGUCUGGCUUUUGGAAACAAUGCUGUGGCAAUCAUCAUGUGGCGUAACUCGUUGGUAUUCCACAGCUUUGACAAGGUCACUUCGCUCUUCAUCCACAUCAUGCCUUGCGCGACGCUUCACUGCAUUGUCCACCUCUACCCCCCCGAGCUGCAAAAGACACGUUUCCCCGCCAUCUGGGCCAUCAAGACCGCGAACCCUGGUUCUCCUACAGCAUACGCCAAUGUCUUGUCCAUGCUCGCGUGGAGCACGAUUCCAUACGCAAUCUGGCAGCUAAGCUAUUACUUCUUCAUCACCGUGCGCCGAAGGGAAAAGAUUGCUGCCGGUAGGCCCACGUCCUUCACCUGGCUUCGAAGAUCCUAUGCAAAGACCUGGAUCGGCAAAUUCGUCCUCGCUCGCCCGGCCGCGUUACAGGAGCCAACAUUUAUGAUGAUUCAGUACGUUUAUGCCUGUCUUACUAUUCUGCCAUGUCCACUUUGGUUCAUCAGCCGAUGGGCAUCCACUGCCUUCUUGCUUGUCGUGUUUGGCUGGAGUAUCUAUAACGGCGCAACGUUCUACAUCGAUGUCUUUGGCAAGAGAUUCCAGAAGGAGCUCGAGGCUAUGAGGGCAGACGUCAUCAAGUGGCAGAACAACCCAGAGACUCUGCUCCAAUCGCCUCAAAUUACGCCGCACAUGGAUGGUGGUCCCGUGCAGGCCACGAGUUUGGAUGCCCAACUUGCACCCUCGCCAAUGCGACCCGACGCCGGCAAGAAUCGGUCCACUAGCUUGGAUCACAUACCACUGCUAGAUGAGAACUCCAAGAUCGGCGCAACUGGCGUAGAUAAGGGAGAUGAAGAUGUUGCGAGAGAGCGAAAGCCGGGUCAAGAGUAG